AUGGGUCUGGUGAAUUCAGAAAAUGGAGAAGUGAGGCAGGCUUUGGUUCAAUUCAUGGGGAAACUCUCUCCGGGGAAUGUGCAGAGAGACGCGAAUUGGGGUUGGAACGAGACUACAGACCCAUGCACUGGCAAGUGGCAGGGCGUUACCUGUGACCGCGGGUUACAAAAAGUAAAGAAGGUAAUUCUUGAUCAGCUCAAUCUCACAGGAGUUCUUGAUCCCAGUUCUCUUUGCGAGGCGAGGUCUCUUGGUGUUCUGAGCCUGAAAGACAAUAAUGUUGUUGGAAAUUUGGCAGAGCAGAUAUCAAAUUGCAAAUAUCUGACUCAUUUGUAUCUAAGUGGCAACCGUUUCUCAGGCAAUCUUCCAGACUCUCUCUCCCAGUUGAGUAAUUUGAAGAGGAUAGAUGUAUCGAGCAAUGACUUCUCUGGUGAGCUGCCAGAUAUGUCAAGAAUCUCAGGCUUGCUAACCUUCCGUGCUCAAAACAAUGAACUCAAUGGAACAAUACCAAUGUUUGAUUUCUCUAACCUUGUUGAAUUCAAUGUCUCCAACAACAAUCUCAGUGGUCCAAUUCCUGACGUCAGUGGCCAUUUCAAUGCAAGCAGCUUUUUGGGUAAUCCUGGACUUUGCGGAAAGCCACUAUCAAAUGAUUGCCCACCAGCUCCACCUGCUAAUAAGAAAGGCUCAUCAAACAAAAAGUAUCUUUAUCUUAUUUACUCCGGCAUCGCUAUUCUCGGGCUGAUUGUUGUGAUCUCUCUUGCCCUGGCAGUGAUAAAGAGAAGAAACAAGCCCAAAGAAGAAAAGACUGAUGUUGUGAAAAAAGGGGUACAAGUUGAUAUUAGAGUCAACAAGACUGGUGCUUCCAGUGACUUAAAGACUGGAGGUGACAGGUCAGAGUAUUCAACCUCUGGGGAAAAUGGAAUGGUGUCAACAUCACAACUAAUAGUUCUUUCGAGUCCGGUGGUGAACGGGCUGAAAUUCGAGGAUCUACUCCAAGCUCCGGCUGAAUUGGUUGGGAGAGGAAAGCAUGGGAGUCUCUACAAGGUCACACUUGAUGGUGGGGUGAAUCUGGUUGUCAAAAGGAUUAAGGAUUGGAGGAUUCCAAAAGAGGAUUUCAAGAAGAGGAUGCAGAGGAUAGACCAAGUGAAGCAUCCAAAGGUAAUGCCAGUUGUUGCAUUUUACAGUUCCAAGCAAGAGAAGCUACUUGUCUAUGAAUAUCAACAGAAUGGCAGUCUCUUCAGGCUUCUCCGCGGAUCCCAAACUGGCCAAGUAUUUGAAUGGGGAAGCAGACUAAAUGUUGCAGCUAGCACCGCUGAGGCCUUAGCUUUCAUGCACGAGGAGCUUUGCGAUGAUGGGAUUGCCCACGGUAACCUGAAAACCUCCAACAUUCUGCUGAACAAGGAUAUGGAUCCCUGCAUCAGUGAAUAUGGUCUGAUGGUGGUUGAAACUCAAGAUGAAUCUUUCUUUUCUCGAUCCAGCAGUAUUAAAAGCGAUGACCCAACUGGUGGCCAAGCAUAUAGCACCUUUAAAGUCGAUGUUUAUGGCUUUGGUGUGAUUCUCCUGGAGCUGCUAACAGGGAAGCUUGUCCAGAACAGUGGAGUUGAUUUAGGACAAUGGGUGAACUCUGUGGUUAGAGAAGAAUGGACUGUUGAAGUUUUUGACAGAGCCCUCAUUUCAGAUGGUGCUAGUGAAGAGAGGAUGGUGAACUUGUUGCAGGUAGCAUUGAAGUGCAUAAAUCCCUCACCUGAUGCUAGGCCUACCAUGAGUCAAGUUGCUGGAAUGAUCNGAACAAUGGGUGAACUCUGUGGUUAG